AUGCCCCUUGUUUUGGUGCGCCCGACCAAUCGGACUCGCCAGCUGGAUUCUACGGGAGCCGCGAUGGGCCCGUCGUGGCGGCAACAGGACUCCCCUCCGCCGACCAGCACGCAUUGCGCAGGGCGCACCAGCGCCUGGCCCUCCUGCGGCUUUAACAGCCCUGACAUGGAAACACCAUUGCAGUGCCAGCCGGGCUUCUGCUCCGAGCAGCAGCAGCAGCAGCAGCAGCGCCCACACCCGCAUUACCAGCCCCCGCCAGCCGGCCACGAGAAGGCGGCGGCGCAGCAGCAGCAGCAGCAGUCCAGCCCCUGCCUCCCGUGCAACCACUGCGCCUUCUACGGGGCUGCGGCGGGCGCGGGCGAUAACGUGCCGCUGCUGCUCCGCACUUCGUCGCCGCUGGCGGGUGCCUUCCGGACGCGCUCGUCGCCGCUCUCGGGCUCGGCCGCCUCCUCCCGCCAGGGCAGCCAGCUCAGCGUGAGCGAGCUGACCCCUUCCAGCCAUGCCAGUUCGGCCAGGCAGCCCCACCACGCCGCCCAGCCCCACCACUCCCACUCCCACUCCCACCAGUGCCAUAGCCAGCAGCAGCAGCAGCAGCAGCAAGCGGGCAGCCCGCACAGCAGCGGCAGCGGCAGCGGCAGCGGCGGCCCCCUCCAGCAGCAGCAGCGGCGGGAGAGCAACGGCAACCCCUUCGCGGCGAUCGCCAUGAGCAGCUGCAGGUACAACGGCGGCGUCAUGCGGCCGCUCAGCAACCUCAGCUCGUCCCGCAGGAACCUCCACGAGCUGGACGCCGAGUCGCAGCCGCUCCAGCCGCCGCCGCCCCCCGCCAGCCCCAGCGCCUCGGCCGCCGCCGCCGCCGCCGCCGCCGGCCCGGAGAUCGUGGUGGCCAAGCCCGAGCACAACAACUCCAACAACUUGGCGCUGCACGGCUCGGCCGGCGGCGGCAGCCAGACCAACGGCGGCAAGUCGAGCAAGAAGAAGAACCAGAACAUCGGCUACAAGUUGGGCCACCGCCGGGCGCUCUUCGAGAAGCGCAAGCGCCUCAGCGACUACGCCCUCAUCUUCGGCAUGUUCGGCAUCGUGGUCAUGGUCAUCGAGACCGAGCUGUCCUGGGGCGCCUACACCAAGGAAUCGCUGUAUUCAUUAGCCCUAAAAUGCCUUAUUAGCCUCUCUACAAUCAUUCUGCUUGGUCUGAUUAUUGUAUACCACGCAAGAGAAAUUCAGUUGUUUAUGGUGGACAAUGGAGCCGAUGACUGGAGAAUAGCCAUGACUUAUGAGCGUAUUUUCUUCAUCUGCUUGGAAAUCUUAGUGUGUGCUAUACAUCCUAUCCCUGGCAACUAUACAUUCACAUGGACAGCCCGGCUUGCCUUCUCCUAUACCCCAUCUACAACGAUAGCUGAUGUGGAUAUUAUUUUAUCCAUACCCAUGUUCUUAAGACUAUAUCUUAUUGCCAGAGUUAUGCUUUUGCAUAGCAAACUUUUCACUGAUGCCUCAUCCAGAAGCAUUGGAGCACUAAAUAAGAUAAACUUCAAUACUCGUUUUGUUAUGAAGACUCUAAUGACAAUAUGUCCGGGAACUGUACUCUUGGUUUUUAGUAUCUCCUUAUGGAUAAUUGCUGCAUGGACUGUCAGAGCUUGUGAAAGGUAUCAUGAUCAACAGGAUGUUACUAGCAACUUCCUUGGAGCAAUGUGGUUGAUUUCAAUAACUUUUCUUUCAAUUGGAUAUGGUGAUAUGGUACCUAAUACAUACUGUGGGAAGGGAGUCUGCUUGCUUACUGGAAUAAUGGGUGCUGGGUGCACUGCACUGGUGGUAGCUGUGGUUGCAAGGAAAUUAGAACUUACCAAAGCUGAAAAACAUGUGCAUAAUUUCAUGAUGGAUACCCAGCUAACUAAAAGAGUGAAAAAUGCAGCUGCCAAUGUACUCAGGGAAACAUGGUUAAUUUAUAAAAAUACAAAGCUGGUAAAAAAGAUAGACCAUGCAAAAGUAAGGAAACAUCAGCGCAAAUUCUUGCAAGCUAUUCAUCAAUUAAGAAGUGUUAAAAUGGAACAGAGGAAACUGAAUGAUCAGGCAAACACUUUGGUGGACUUGGCAAAGACACAAAACAUCAUGUAUGAUAUGAUUUCUGACUUAAACGAAAGAAGCGAAGAUUUUGAGAAGAGGAUCGUCACCCUGGAAACAAAACUGGAAACAUUAAUUGGUAGCAUUCAAGCUCUCCCAGGACUGAUUAGCCAGACAAUCAGCCAGCAACAAAGGGAUUUCCUUGAAGCUCAGAUACAAAACUAUGACAAGCAUGUGACCUAUAGCGCAGAGCGAUCCAGGUCAUUGUCCAGGAGAAGGAGGUCCUCCUCUACAGCACCACCCACUUCAUCAGAGAGUAGCUAGAAGAGAAUAAGUUAACCAGAAAAUAAAGACUUCUUUGCCAUCAUAUGGUCAAUAUUUUAGCUUUUAUUGUAAAGCCUUAUGGUUCUAAUCAGUGUUAUCUGGGUUCUGAUGUCAGAAUUCUGGAAACCUGAACACAAAGUUUUAGGCCAAAAUGAGUGAAAACUCUUUUUUCUUUCAGAUGCACAGUGAAUGCACCUAUUAUUGCUAUAUAGAUUGUUCCUCCUGUAAUUAACUUUUUAUUCAUGCACUUCCAACAAACUUUACUACUACCGUAUACAAUAUAAUAAAAGGGUUAAU